AUGGAUCAACGCAGAGAGGCUGCUGCGCCUCGUUCUUCGAGCGCCACGGGAGCAGUGGGGCAUCGUCCCUCCGACGAGGGAUUCGAAAUCCUCGACGAUCUAUCCCGCCUACUCCAGACGGGACUCACACGCUCAGAGCUCAAGGCCUGCAUCAAUCUCCUCCAGCAAGGGCAGAGCGCUGAUGGUCUGGCGAAGGUCGUCCAGGACUUGAGGGCAGAGGCUGAAAAGUGA